CCCUUUUGAACAGUUGUCUGGAUUUUGUGAUUUUUUUCUUUAAUUUCCUAAUUUCCCAUUGAUUUGCAAGUGAAAAUACACCAUGGGCGGAAGGAAGACUAAUAAGAAAAAUGCAUUUUCUCACCUCACUGUGGAAGAACGCAGAGUAAUUACUGUAGCUGAAGUUGUCCAGGCACUCAUCAAAGCCCACGAAGACAAAAAAGACAUAAACCUCAAUGCCCUCAAAAAUAAAACCGCUUCCAAGUAUGGCCUGGAAUCGUCACCCAGACUGGUUGACAUCAUUGCAGCGGUCCCCAUCAACUACAAAAAAAUUUUAGUCCCGAAAUUGUUGGCGAAACCUAUUAGGACUGCUAGUGGGAUUGCUAUAGUGGCAGUCAUGUGCAAACCUCACAGGUGCCCACACAUUAAUUACACUGGCAAUAUUUGCGUUUAUUGUCCUGGAGGCCCAGAUUCUGAUUUUGAAUAUUCUACUCAGAGCUAUACAGGGUAUGAACCUACUUCAAUGCGAGCCAUUAGGGCAAGGUAUGAUCCUUAUUUGCAAACAAGGCAUAGAGUGGAACAACUUAAACAACUAGGCCAUUCUGUGGAUAAGGUUGAAUUUAUUGUAAUGGGUGGAACAUUUAUGAGUCUUCCAGAAGACUACAGAGACUAUUUCAUCAGAAAUCUACAUGACGCCCUUUCGGGCCACAAAAGUGCUUCUGUAGAAGAAGCUGUCAUGUACUCAGAACGAUCCAACACUAAAUGUAUUGGCAUUACAAUUGAAACUAGGCCAGAUUAUUGUAUGCAAAGACACCUGUCUGAUAUGCUGAAGUAUGGCUGUACCAGGCUUGAAAUCGGCGUUCAAUCUGUCUAUGAAGAUGUGGCUUGGGACACAAACAGAGGGCAUACAGUUAAAGCUGUAUGUGAAACAUUUCAUUGGGCUAAAGAUGCUGGAUUUAAAGUUGUUGUUCAUAUGAUGCCUGAUUUGCCUAAUGUUGAUUUGGAGAGGGAUAUUGAACAAUUUAUUGAAUUUUUCAAAAAUCCUGAAUUUAGAGCUGAUGGCUUGAAAAUUUAUCCAACUCUUGUUAUUAGAGGCACUGGCCUCUAUGAGCUUUGGAAAACAGGAAGAUAUAAAAGUUAUCCUCCUUCUGUGCUUGUAGAUCUUAUUGCUAAAAUUUUAGCUUUAGUACCGCCAUGGACAAGAGUCUAUAGAGUGCAAAGAGACAUUCCAAUGCCUCUUGUUAGUUCCGGUGUUGAACAUGGUAAUCUUCGUGAACUAGCUCUGGCCCGUAUGAAAGAUCUGGGUUUGAAAUGUCGCGACGUGAGAACCAGAGAAGUAGGCAUAACAGAAAUCCACGAAAAAGUGCGCCCCUACGACGUGGAGCCGGUGAGGCGCGACUACGUUGCGAACGGUGGGUGGGAAACGUUUUUGAGCUACGAAGAUCCCAAGCAAGACAUUUUAGUCGGUCUUUUGAGGCUGAGAAAGUGUUCAAAAGAAACUACCUACAGGCCUGAACUUGUAGGAGAAACUUCCAUUAUUCGUGAGCUACAUGUUUAUGGGAGCGUUGUGCCUGUAAGUGGUAGAGAUGAUUCAAAGUUCCAGCAUCAAGGAUAUGGUACACUUUUGAUGCAAUGGGCGGAAGAUAUAGCUAUAAGUGAGCACAAAUCAAAUAAAAUUGCUGUUAUAUCAGGAGUGGGCACGAGAAAUUAUUAUCGCAAAUUAGGAUAUGAACUAGAAGGGCCUUAUAUGAUUAAAUCUCUUGUUGCUGGCGAAUAUAUGGGAGCUCAAGAGAUUUAUGAUGGUGAAAAAUUGGAUCUUACUACAGAAUAUAAAGAUUUGAAAUAUUUGGUAGAUGAGGAUGACGAUAAAGAAGAUAUGGAUUUUUUAGCUGCUUGGGAUGAGAAAAAUAGGGCUCCAGAUGAUGAGGAGGAUUUGUGGUUGUUUGAGGAUUCUAAAAAUUUAGCUGACAUUGAAAGUUGCUGAAUAAACAUGUAUGUUUUAU